AAAAUCCAAAGUUUGUUAUUAAUUGAUAACGAUUAAUUUAAUAACAUACCAUUUAACAUAUAUAAUUAUCAGCAAUGACCAUAACUGACAAGUUUCUGUUUCCACACACCAAAUUUUUGUUUGUUUGAUAAGUUACGCCCAAUUAUAAAAGAAAAAGUAUUGAAAACAAACAAUAUGAGAAGAUCUCCAAAUUUAAAAAGACAAUAUGCAUCAAAAAGAAUUAGAACACCUUCUCCUGACCAUGAACGAUAUCGGCCAAGAAGAAGAAGUCCAAGUCCUCUAACUCCUCUAAAUGAAUUUAGUUUCUUGGACUAUAAACGAGAUUUAGAAAAAGUAAUGCUUUACAGCAACGAAAGCAAUACUGUCGUGAAUAGUUUGAGUGAUUUUUGGAUAUUUCUAAAGAAGUAUGAAGCCACUUUAAAGAAGUCAGGAAAACCUUUGCUAGAACCCAACUGUGGCAAAGAUAUUAUAGAUACAAACAGUGAAAGAUUCUCAAAAUUUCAUUGCAUUAAUUUUACUUCUUCUAUGAAAUUUAUAGACACAGUAUGCGAGUCAGGAAGUCGUAAAAAAUUAAACAGAAAAAUAUUUGAUGCAUUUUUGGAGAUAGUUUCGAUUUAUUUAGAUUUUAAGAAUAAGGAAAAAUUUGAGAAAUUGAAAAAGCUGAGACAAACACAAAAAGAGUUACCUGUUGCUAAUUAUAGGCAUGAAAUUGUGUCAGCAGUACAGAAUGAAAGGGUAGUCAUAGUUGCUGGUGAUACAGGAUGUGGCAAGUCUACACAGGUGCCUCAGUACCUGCAUGAAGCUGGUUUUCAAAAUAUUGCCUGUACACAGCCAAGAAGGAUAGCCUGUGUGUCCCUUUCAAAACGAGUUGCAUAUGAAAUGUUGACCCAGUUUGAAAGUAAAGUUGGCUAUCAGAUACGUUUUGAGAAGAGCAAAACCUCUGAUACAAAAAUAUGUUUCAUCACCGAAGGCUUACUUCUAAGACAGAUGUCUUCAGAAACCUUACCUAGCUAUGAUGUCAUUAUCUUAGAUGAGAUUCAUGAAAGGCAUUUAAUGGGUGACUUUCUACUGGGUAUUUUAAAAUGCUUGGUACAUACUAGAACCAAUAUUAAAUUAGUGUUGAUGUCUGCUACAAUAAACAUAAAACUGUUUGAAGAAUAUUUUGCAAGUGAAUCGGCUGUUGUUAUACAGGUACCGGGUCGACUUUAUACAAUUGAAUUAAAUUACAAACCAAUAUUUAUGGAAGAAAGACCGACGAGAGAUGACAGACUAGAUCCUCAGCCUUAUGUGCAAAUAAUGCAGUUGAUCGACAAUAAAUAUCCAAAGGAUGAACGAGGUGAUCUCCUAAUAUUUAUGUCUGGAGUUCAAGAAAUUACAGCGAUAUGUGACGCGGCGCAACAGUAUGCAGAAAAGACGAAAAAUUGGAUCGUCCUUCCAUUACACAGCGGUUUGUCACUUGCCGAACAAGAUAAGGUUUUCGAUUAUCCGCCAGAGGGCGUCAGGAAAUGUAUUAUAUCAACGAAUAUAGCAGAAACCUCUGUCACAAUCGACGGUAUUCGUUUCGUUGUGGAUUCCGGAAAGGUAAAAGAAAUGAGCUACGAUCCGACAUCGAAGAUGCAGAGGUUAAAGGAGUUUUGGAUAUCGAAGGCCAGCGCCGACCAAAGGAAAGGUCGUGCCGGAAGAACGGGUCCCGGCGUCUGCUAUAGGAUAUAUUCCGAACAACAGUACACGGAUAUGGAGCCGUUCAGUACUCCAGAGGUGUCCAGGGUCCCGCUGGCCUCUCUGCUCCUGUUGAUGAGCUCUUUAGGGGUGAACGACGUCAGGCGCUUCCCUUUCAUCGAUACUCCACCCGAGGAGAGCAUCGAGAAUGCGCUGUUGGAGCUCAAACAGCACGGUGCUUUAACCUCGAACGAGAAAUUAACAGCGCUAGGGAAAGCUUUAUCGAAUCUGCCAGUUGAAGUUUCAUUAGCGAAAGCCCUGGUCAUCGGGAGCGCAACUUUACAGACGCACAAGAGAGACUCUGCUCUCGCGUUGACCGCCGCUUUAGGGAUUCGUUCCAUUUUCACCACUAGAGCGCACCGAGAUUUCGAUUGUGAGAAUGCAAGGAAGCCUGAUGAAUCAGACCACGGUGACCCGCUGACAUUACUGUCCUUGUACUGCGCUUGGUUGCGUGUCAAAGCCGAGGAGCGCGGCGGGAGAAGCUGGUGCAAGAGGCGGGGCAUCGAGGAACAGCGACUCUACGAGCUGACUAAAUUGGCGGCACAACUAAGGGGCCUCUUGCAGGACAACAAUCUAUCUGAGACUCCUGAACCGGAGACGAUGUCUUCAGCGGAGAGGGCGUUACGUCACGGCCAGAUGAAACAGCUCAAGGACAUGAGGAGGCAAUACAAACAGAAAUCGGCUGAAGAUUCGAAACGCAAGAAACGUUUGAAGAUAGACUCGUGGGAGAUCGUCGACGAGAAUGAGAACGAGGAUGACAAUGUUUUCGAUAUAAGGGACAUUGAAUUCCGUAUGAGCAACGACGCUCAGAGGAUCCAGGCUCUGAUAUCCGGCUCCAGCGCGUCCAGUGGACGGGACCUUGUCAUGCUGAAGAUUGUGUUAGCCAGAGCGCUGUACCCACAAGUAGCAGUUGCCGAUGAAUUCAAUUAUUGCAAGUCCGUAGCCGAACAAUUGUACCACACUUGGAGUAAGCCCUUCGUGUUCCUACACCCCACCUCGUAUUUCGGGAAGCAGCCCCGCGUGCUGAUGCUGACGGAGGCGGACAUACAGACGGACCCGCCCGCCGGGUACAAGAGUAAACUACCCUUGUCAGCAAAACACCAGUUACUGUGUUAUUUGUCUCUGCUCGAAACAACUAAGCCGUACAUUGUGAAUUCCAUGAGGAUGCCGGCCGCACAGACCCUGCUGCUAUUGGCGCAUUCCAUUGAUACCAAUAUAGGAUUUACAAGGAUAGUAUGUGACUCGUGGCUCCUGUUGGAGUUUCCUUAUCCUGAAACCGGGUUAAAUCUGCUGAUGAAAGCUGUUAGGCUGAGACGGAGGUGGAACGAUCUGGUGAACCGACGACUUGCAGACGCGAACCCAGCGAAGACCGUGGAAUCGGAAUUGGAGAAACAGAAGCACUCAAAGUCGUCGUACGAGGAAACACAGUACGAGCUGUCCUGCGAUAUCAGUUCGUACAUGAACAGCGAAGUUUAUUAUACGAUCAAGAGAUUACUACCGGGCGACCUAAAGAUAUUGUACUACGGUAAUGAUGAAGCGCAUCCAAAUAUCGACCCUAAUCCGUUCGAAGAAGGCUUCGAAUGUCGACCUCACGAGAAGAAAGGCGGUGUCUACGUCACCGAUAAUAUCGUUUAUAAUUGCGUCGUCGACACAGAUUGGAGUUACAACACGUACCAAGAAACUUAUGGUUUACCUUGGACGUGUGAGAAAUGCGAGAUGUCGAUGUGUCUGUCGCCGCUGGAGAGACUGCAACACAAACUGUUCACUUGUUCGGCGAGAGCGGUGAAAGAGGAACCCGGCCCUAGUAAAACUGUAAAGGAGAAUAAACCUAAUUGCAAGGAGUUUAAGUGCGAGAAUUGCGAGGCGGUUUUGUAUUCGACUCCGGUCGAUAUAUUGAGACAUAAGAAAACGUGUAAAAAGAAAUAAAUGUUCGAGAAUUG